GCAGCAGCAGCACAGUGGACUGGAACCGAACCUCCCCGUCCUGUAGCUCGUCAUCCGCUGGGUCACGUGCUCCCGUGACUUCGCCCAAGGGAAGAAAAUCUCAGCUCUGCGGCGGAGAGGCAAACGGAGAGGCAAACCGUGCUCAGAGGGAAGCACAGCUGCACAUUCACAGGCGUAAACCAGCAAACGAAAACGUUCAAAUAUGGUUGUUUCUGGAAGGAGGCGGUAACGUCCACAGGUGUGUUUUUUGAGCAGCAGGAUGCCCAUCCCUCCCCCUCCUCCUCCUCCUCCUCCUCCACCAGGGGGUCCCCCGCCUCCCCCCACCUUCUGCCAGGCCAACACCAGCCCUCCAAAGGGGAGCAGGGAGGACGCCGAUGGUCGCGGCGCUCUGCUGUCAGACAUCUGUAAAGGCACCAAGCUGAAGAAGGUGGCGGUGGUGAACGACCGCAGUGCUCCGCUACUCGACAGUAAGAGCCCAGCACCUACCACAGAGCACCCAUACAUUCGCUUAUACCAAUACCUACACCAGCAACAGAGCCAGCCUAAACAGCAGGGGGCGCCGUCUGAGGAGCAGAGGACGACAGCCGGUCCGUCUCUAGAGAAGCCUAAAGGAAGCGGGGCCGCAGCAGGAGGAGCCAAUGGCAAUGGGGCAUCAAGCCCGUCGGGUUCUGCUCCACCAGUUGGAGGCUUGUUCACAGGCGGUGUUCCCAAACUAAGGCCAGUUGGAGAUGGCUCCUCUGGACGUUCUCCUUCCACCCGAGCUGCAGCCCCUAGGCCUCCCAGUCACGCAGAGAGCCCCUCAUCCCAGGCGUCGUCGCCGAUGGAUUCCCAGCGUCCUUCGCUUCCCACCCUGUCCCCCUCCCCCUCCCCUGCAGUGUCCUCCCCCUCCACCAACAUGAAGCACUCCUCCUCAGCUCCCCCUCCUCCACCUCUUGGUCGACGUUGCAACGCGCCCUCGCCUCCAUCUUCCUCCACAUGUUAUAACAGAGAGAAACCCCUCCCCCCAACCCCUAACAACACACCACCCCUCCCUUCUAAACCUCCCCCAUCCCCUGGACACAGCAGACGUCCUCCUACUGCUGGAGGAAACCCCACCUCCUCUUCCUCCAGUUCUCUCGCCCCUCCUCCUCCAACUUACCGCAUUGCUAAUGGUCCAACAGGUGCCAGCGGAGAAGCAGCACCGGAGCUGCCCCAGCGUCAUAACUCCCUGAGCAACAAGAGGACCGCUCCCUUGCCUGGAGGCCACACCCCCACGCGGGGCCCCGCCCCUCCACCACCCCCUGCUUCCCCCACACCUUCCAGGCAGGCUACCAAUAGGCCCCCUCCUCCUGUCAGAGAGGCUCCAGGGAGGGGAGCAGCUCCCCCUGUUCCAGUUCAGUCCACAUCCUCAAGGGCAGGAGGCAGAGACGGUCCACCUCCUCCUCCUCCGCCUUACAGGACAUAUGGUAGUCCCUCCCUUUCCUCUGACCCCCCUGCAAGAGGGAAACCCCCUCCUCCGCCGACCCGCACCCCCAACGCUCCUCCUCCGCCUCCUCCCCCACUCCGUAAUGGAUACCCCUCUUCCUCAUCCACCAUCACUCACUCCUUUGUUGAUGAUUUUGAAUCAAAAUAUUCGUUUCAUCCUUUGGACGAUUUUCCUCCUCCAGACGAAUUCAGACACUUCACCAAGAUUUAUCCCAGUAAAGCCAACAGAGUGAUGAGAGGAGCUCCUCCGCUGCCGCCAAUCGGGAGGUAAAGUGUGGAAACUAACGUGUAAACAACUCCAUCCUCAUCCUGUUUGAAGACAUCGGUGUUGUCCAGCUUCCCCGUCCUUGAGUCUUCCACCAUCAGCUCAUCUGUUCCCACAUCUGAUUGGCUGGGAGUCUGAAAGACGAACGGACUUAUCAUCUCAGGUGGCCAAUUGGAGCAGAGCCUCAUGUAAGGUGUUUGGAGGGAUCUGGACACUUCACCCGCUGUCUAAAUGUGUAGCUAAACCUGAUCACCUAAUGUUACUGUGAUGCUCAGAAGAUAAUGGCUCACCUGUACUAUAGGCUCCCACAGAAACCUCUCUCCCAGCAGGAGCAAACAGUGGGCCUGUCGCUGACUCUUCCCCUCAGACACACUUCACUUUUUUUUUUUUUUUUUGCACUUGCACUUUUUAUUUGCAGCACUGCCAAGCAGCUGCACAGACUGUGGCUGUUCUUCUAAUGAGCACUGAGACAAGGCUAAAUCCUGACUAUGAGCAUGGGCGGCUUCACAUUUUGCAAAUUACAUUCAUCAGAUUUCUUUUGAGACUUAUAGAUUGACACUACGGAUAGAAAUGUGAAACUGAAAAUAUAAAUGUUUUUACCAAAAUGGUUUAAUGUCCGUAAUUGAAUAUUAACUGCUUGACUGUUUUGAUAUUAGAGGACUUCCACGUGACCUUCAGUUCCUGGAUCUGAAGAUCUAUAUGGCAUGUAAAGACAGACACAAGAAACAGUUUGUAACAUAGUCACAUCCAAGUGGACCAGACACUUGCCUGCUGCUUCUCCAGCUACAAACUGCUGCAUGGCUCCAGUGGAGCGUUUUAGCAGCUCCAGCGACGCUUGGCUUCCCACCUGCAGUGUUAAGUCAGUGGCGAUGAAUCGAAGCAGCUGGUGGGACACGUGACAGUUUGAGAAUAAAUUAGUAACAACUCAGUCAAAUAGUUUGAGAAUAAAGUCUGGAUGCCACAGUAAGAAAGUUAGUGUUUCUGAAAAUGACUCUGUCGGUUGUAAAAAGGAACCGUGAGUUUUGUGACACGAAGAGUAUUGUAUCACUCAAUGUUACAAGAGAAGGUUAAGUUCAUGUGUUUAGGAAUGACUUUAAUACAUUUUCACACAAGAAUGACAUUAUUCUCAUCGUCCAACGUUUUUUCUGGUUCUCUGACUUGUCAUUGUGUUGCUUUGUGACAUUUAAAGCACAAACACAAUCGGAAAGAAACCUUUACAGUGUUUUUACGCUUGAGGAACGUCUCUGGACCAUGUUCAGUAUUAUGUUUAGUAUUAUGUAAAAACUUGUUUUUUAUGGCCUACAUGCUUUUCCUCAGUUAGUGCCGCUUUCAUUACUGACUCAUCUGUUUGCCUUAAAACAUGUUCGGUGUAACUGUUGACACGUGGUUGACUGUGAUGCUAGCUUUAGUCAAACUGGGACCAGUUCACAGCAUGCGGCCUCUCACUGGUCUCUCUACGUUACCUGAGCUGAAAUAAACUUUAGACUAAACCUGCA